AGAUAGUCAGCCAUGGUGCAUUUAUAGUGUUUAACUGACUCUUAAUGCAAGUGAAAACGAUGCAGUCGAUACUGCUUAAUAGCAAUUUGACGAUUGACUGAUGGCUAGGUAAAAAAUAUUUACAUUUAAACUGGUGAGACUCACUGACAGUUACCAACAUAUAUAGAUUGUGGCUAGUGUGUUCAUGUGGAGUGAUGGUACUGGUGUUUUGUUGGGGAAUUGAUACACAGGGAUGGAACUUAUUAAUUGAUCUUUAAUUCGCUAUAGGAGAUAGCAAGUUAUUGUAAGAAGGACCUGGGAUUUUACUCAUUAGUAUGUGAACAUAAAUUUCGGACAGACGAGCCAAAAAGGAGUUCCUAAUCAGACACUAGACCAGCUGACCUGACUGUUAUAGAGACUGCAGAAAGGUGGAUACUUUGAAAGGCUUAUACAGGUGCCACUUAAAAAGCAAGACUGUCAGGGGAGUGACUAUAACUAACUACUGAUCGACUACCCACAGUGCCAACAAGAGAAGCUUUAAGUUCCAUAGAGACAUGAGAAUGUUUUAAACCUCUUAUAUAUCCAACUAAAGCUGCGAGUACCUGUGAAAUCACCCCUAUGAUGACAAUGUACAACGAAGCCUAUGCGUCACCAUGGUCAGCCAAUCAGCCACCUCCCAGAUGGUUCAGUGCCGACUGUUACACGGGAAUCAACAUGGCCGACCGGCACCAGAGAGAGGAGUUUCUCUGGCCACCUGCUCAGGCCAGUACUCCAGCUGGGUCGGAAAGUCACAGCCCGAUGUCCAGUGCUGCAGAUUUGUUUAAGUGGAAAUCCAGCCAAGGCAGUCAUGUGCCACAAGAGUUUAGUAAUAUCAGUUCCGAUGCGAUGAACAACAACAACCAUCAUCAUCAUCAUCAUCAUGUGGGUCGCCACGAGAGCACGAGCAGUAAUGGUAGUUACCGUAGUAACGGAGCCCCAGGUGGGCUUCACAGCCCCGGCACACCCUUGACUGGGGGAGCCUCAUCUCUAGUCAUACCCCAGCCCUUGAAGCCCCCGCAGCAGAAAUUGCCCAAUAAGUCCAUUCAAUGUAAAAUGUGCGAUCAGAUAUUCUCCAUGAAGUCGGACAUGUUAAUUCACUGCCAGCAAGUCCACAAACAAGACAUGAAGACAUUCAGUCCGUCAGCAUUUCGCUGUCCCCAGUGUCAGAAGUGUUUUGCCAACUCGUCCUACUUGUCACAACACAACCGCAUCCAUGCCGGAAUCAAGCCGUACAAAUGUGAGAUCUGCGAACGCAAGUUCACACAGUUGUCCCACCUACAACAGCAUAUACGUACACACACUGUAAAGACCAUGGUGAGACUGUACGACCUUGGUUAA